AUGGUACGCAAGUGUUUUCUUCGCUGUUUAUUGGAUUCGCAUGCGCCCAUAGCUUUAACCCAUAACGUGGAGAUAACAGUAGGUCGCAGCAAACUUACUAAGAUUAAAGAUCAGCUGUGCUCUCGUCAUCAACUGAGUUUGACAGCUGAUUGUGAAGAGUGUUUUGUGGAAAUAAAGCAGCUGGGUAUAAAUCCAUCAGGUUUGGAUGGUUUUGCCUUGAAAAAAGAUGUUACCUACAAAAUAACACAUGGAAGCAAAAUAGAGAUAUUAUUAAACCAAUUUUUUCACAUCAUAGAAUUUGAGCCACCUCCAGAUGGGUAUGACCCACCUAGAACUAGUCUAAAGAGAAAACUUAGUGACACUUCUGAAUCUAAUAUAAAGCUUAUAAAAACAGAUACUAUGGACAUACAAGAGUGCUCAGAAAGCAAAUGGGAAGAUAUUGACAAAGGAGAGGUUUAUAUAUAUACAGCAAAAGGUGUAAAAUCAAGUAAAAAUAUUGCAGCAUUUGACAUGGAUGGUACUUUAAUAAAGACAAAGUCAGUUGUAUCAAAGUUAAAUAUACCUGCCCAAGUUUAUAUUGCAACUGGAAAAGGAUUCUAUAGAAAACCAGCAACUGGUAUGUGGAAUGUUCUUGCUGAGAUGAAAAACGAUGAUAUAACUAUAGAUAUGAAAGAGAGUUUUUAUGUUGGCGAUGCAGCAGGAAGAGCUGCUAACUGGGCACCAGGGAAGAAAAAAGACCACUCAAUGGCUGAUAUUUUACUUGCAAAGAAUCUAGAUCUAAAAUUUUACACACCAGAACAGUUCUUCUUAGGUCAUUCCAUUGCAAAUGUGCCCAUGAUUCAACCAGAAUUUAUUCCAAAAGACGUCAAGUCUGCGCCUUUUAAUGACAGAUUAGUAAGCUCCGAGCAAGAGAUUCUAGUGAUGGUGGGGUAUCCCGCAAGUGGUAAAUCAUUUAUUGCUAAGCAAAUACAGCAGAAAUCUAGUAACAAAUAUGCAAUAGUUUGUCGAGACGAGCUUGGUUCAUGGCAAAAAUGUUCCGCUGAAGCUUCUAAGUUAUUGCAGCAAGGAAAAAGUGUGAUUGUGGACAGUACAAACCCUGAUCUAGAGUCUCGUAGUCGUUGGACAUCUUUAGCCAAAGACAAGAAGGUGCAGUGUCGAUGCGCCAAAAUGGCGACGAGUAAAGCACAUGCACAACAUAAUAACAAAUUUAGGGAAAUUAUGAAGUUUAAGCAUGGAAUAGUUAACGAUAUCGUGUUUAAUACAUACAAGUCUAAGUUUGUUGAACCAAAAGCUUCUGAAGGCUUCAAAGAAGUAUUAGUAGUUAAUUUUAAUCCGUGUUUCGAAGACGAACAAGCAGAGAAACUCUACAGAAUGUUUUUAUUAGAAAAGUAA